AUGUCAGCUUUGCUGCGGAUCCUGCUGCUGCCUCCUCGGCGCUCACGAUUCAUCGCACCCCGGGAUGGUGCCGACGGACGCACAGUUUUCCAUGUUUGAGUAGGUGACAGGACCCCGAGAAAUUCCAUGUGUGCGUGUCGAACAACAACUCUGCCGUUUGUAGAGGAAAACGACUCUGUCGGACCGAGGGAAACGCUCGGGUUACUGAUGGAAUUCCCAGUCGAUGUUGCUAGAUGGAGAAACCGAAAGGGUGGACUCGGUAUAAAUAAUUAAAAAAACCCCGUCUGCUGCUGAAAUAAAAGCAAAAUGCAUCUGCACCAGGUGCUGACGGGAGCUGUAAACCCCGGAGACUGCUGCUACUCAGUGGGAAGCGUCAACGACGUCCCGUUCACGGCUUACGGUUCAGGUUGUGAUGUAGUAAUCUUGGCUAGCGACUUUGAGUGUGUGCAGAUUAUCCCAGGAGCUCAGAAUGGAAACAUUCAGGUCGGGUGUGUGGCGUGUUCCCACCAGCUCGGCAGGAUCGCUGCUUCCUACGGAAACACAGUCUGCAUUUUUGAACCUCUUUCUACCAACCCAAACAAACGCUACAAGCAGCUUAACUAUCAGUGGCAAAAGACAGGACAGUUCUUCCUUGAUGGCAUCACCUACAACCUGGCUUGGGACCCACAAGGGAACCGUAUCCUAGCAGCAACUGAGCAGCUCCAGCUGUGGGCUCCUCCACUCACAGAUGCUCUGAUAGAGGAGGAGGAUGGGCAGGCAUUUGAGGACAAGCUCCACCCCGUCCUCAGCGACUGGAAUUGCGUAUGGCACUGCAAGACUGCUGCAUCUGUACACAUUGCCAAAUGGUCACCUGACGGGGAAUACUUUGCAACAGUUGGGAAGGAUGACUGCUUACUUAAAGUGUGGUAUCCCACCACGGGAUGGCGUUCAGCAGUGGUGGUCCAGGAUCCUUCUGACAAAAAGCCUCUUCCAGUUCACUUCUCGUUUGUUUACCUGGCUCACCCUCGCUCUGUUACCGGCAUGUCUUGGAGGAAAACCAGCAAGUACAUGCCCAAGGGUUCCGUGUGCAAUGUGUUGCUGACAUCCUGUGAAGACGGUGUGUGUAGGGUGUGGUCAGAGACCCUGCUGCCAGAGGACAGUCUGCUUGGGGGACAGAUCUCUGAGAACACACACUCCUUCAGCUCUAGCCUGCCAGGCCUGGCAGGCAAUAAGGACAAAAUCCAGCAUGCUUUAGAGUCAAUCCACCACCUGAAGCAUUUGCGCCGGGGUCGGCGAAGGUCAUCGUCUCUGGUGGCACACAGCGAGCUGCUGCCUUCUCAGCUUGGCACACAGGAUGGGCACACUCAUCGUCACAUCAUUCAUCAUGCUAAUGCCCUGUGUCACUUUCACAUCUCUGCCAGUAUUAACCCCAACACCGACAUCCCAUCAGUGCUGGUAGACUCUUCAGUGUUCAGCGCAGAUGAUGGUGCUGGUGGGGGAAGCUUUGUAGUUCACUGGCUCAACAAUAAGGACCUCAGCUUUACAUCCUCCAUGGACCUCUUCAUGCUGCAGCUCCGAAGAUUCUCUGAACAACAUUUGGACCUUACUACUGAGGACCCUUUGGAACCAGAAGGAUCACCGAUAAAGUUUGACUUUGACCUGGAUGAGAUGUCUGACAAGGCUUCUUCGGAGCAGGGUGAGGAAGGUGAGCAAGGGGAGCAGGGGAGCACUAAAGCAUCCUCCCCAGGCUCCAGCUCCAGUAUACCUCUACCCUCCAUGCUGCUGGAGAGGAAGCUGGAGACGCUGACCACAGAGUGGAACAAGAGCCCAGACAUGCUGUUCACCAUUCACCCUGCAGACGGCGCUUUCUUGAUUUGGCACGUGAAGUACUUGGAUGAAUUCAUCCAGGGAAUCUUCAGACAGGUUCAGGUAUCCUUUUCCUCCCGUAUUCCUGUGGCAUUUCCUACCGGUGACGCCAAUUCAUUGAGCAAAAACAUCCUGAUGUACGCCUUCACUGUAACCGAGGGUGAGCGUUGUGGGACAGGCGAGCAGGGACGGACAGUUCACCAUGUGUCCCGCUCUGCUUCAGCCUCAGUUGGCCUGGGUUCACUUGGACUGGGCACCUCUCCCAUCUCCAGACCUGGGAUAAGUCCUGCUGUCAUGAUGGUCUCCAAACAUGUAGAUGGGUCUCUUAAUCAGUGGGCAGUGACAUUUGCUGAACGCUCUGCCUUCUCCAACGUGUUAACCAUAUCUCACAAAUUCCGGUACUGUGGCCACCGCUUCCACCUGAAUGACCAAGCCUGCCAUACAGUGCUGCCACUGCUGCUAACCUCUUCACACCAUAACGCCCUGCUCACCCCACCCUUAGCCCCCAGCAGCUUGGAGGGAGAGCAGCUUCUGUCUUUUUCCCUCCCAAAAGGACUUCCCAGGAAGCAGAUUCGUAAUGCAGCUACAAGAACCUUCCAUGACCCCAAUGCCAUUUAUAGCGAGCUGAUCUUGUGGAGGGUGGACCACAUUGGUCCCUUGUCCUGUACUGGAGGGGUCGCUGAACUGGCUCGCAUCAACUCUCUGCACACCUCUGCCUUCAGCAAUGUUGCUUGGCUUCCCACACUUGUACCCAGCUCUGUACUCGGAACGUAUUGCAACAGUGCCAGUGCCUGUUUUGUAGCAUCAGAUGGUAAAAACCUCUGUCUUUAUCAAGCUGUGGUUGAUGCCAGAAAACUACUGGAUGAGCUGUCUGAUCCUGAAACAUCUAAACUGGUGGGAGAAGUGUUCAACAUUGUCAGCCAGCAGUCCACUGCCAGACCUGGAUGCAUCAUAGAGUUAGAUGCCAUCACCAUUCAGUGUGGCUCCAACACCCAGCUGCUACAUGUCUUCCAAGAGGACUUCAUUCUAGGUUACAAGCCUCAGAGGGAACCAGAGAUAUACAUUCCUUCUGUUGAGGAUUACCACCCUGCUCCAUUCUCUGAGAAGUUCUUCCUAGUGGUCAUAGAGAAGGAUCUGAACGGGAACUCUGUCCUGCAGAUGUGGCACCUGCACCUUAAGUCUGUUCAGGCCUGUGUUGAUGACCCAGUCCCAGAUCAUCGCUACGAGAGACAGCUAAUGGUUCCCAAUCAAGCCAUGAAUGCUGAUUCAUCUCCAGAGACCUCUCCCAUCAGACCUCUGCCACGGUCAGCCUCCACACCUAACUUGGAGUCAGCCAGCAAACUUAUUCUCAGCUCUAAACUAGUGUACAGCAAGCGGCUCGACCUGCCCCAUGGAGUGGAGGUUACCAGGGCCACCCCGUCUGCAGGUCAUCUGAGUUCCUCUUCCAUUUAUCCGGUGUGCUUGGCUCCUUACCUGAUUGUUACUACUUGCUCUGAUUCUCGAGUGCGUUUCUGGCGCUGUGCUGUGGAGAGUGAGGACGGGUACACUGCUGACGACCAGGAUAACCGGGUCUACCACUGGGAACCGUGGGCCCUCAUGAAUGAGGAGGAAGACAACAACAGUACUGUGUGUGUGUCAGGGCGGCCAGUAGCGGUGUCCUGCUCCUACACGGGCAGGCUGGCUGUAGCCUUUAAACAGCCACGACAAGGACAGGGUUUUCGAGAAAACUUUUCAAUGCAUGUGUCCAUCUAUGAGUGUGAGUCAACUGGGGGGUCAGAGUGGGUUUUAGAGCAAACCAUCCACCUGGAUGACUUCACCAGACCCUCACCAGCCCUGGAUCCAAGAAUCAGCAUUGACUCCAAUCUCUUUGUCUACAAUAGGUGUGACUUAUACAUGAACAGGGACCAUAGUUCUCCCAACAUUAAACACUAUGUGCACCUGGACUGGCUGUCGAAGGAGGAUGGAUCUCACAUUCUUACUGUGGGUGUUGGAUCAAACAUCCUCAUGUAUGGUCGUAUCUCUGGCAUGGUCCAUGAGCAGACUAGCAGCAAGGAGGGAAUUGCUGUCAUCACCCUUCCUCUAGGGGGCAGCAUCAAACAAGGGGUCCGCUCUCGUUGGAUCCUGCUUCGGUCUGUGGACCUCCUUUCUUCUGUGGAUGGCACUCCCUGUCUUCCAGUAUCUCUGUCUUGGGUGAGGGAUGGCAUCCUGGUUGUGGGCAUGGACUGUGAGAUGCAUGUUUAUGCUCAGUGGUGUCAGGACCAGAAACCUGGAGAUGAAGAAGAGGGAAAUCUGUCUUCUGCAGACAUUGCAGGGGCUCAUUUAAGUUCCUCCUCAGUCUUUGAAGCGAGAGCCAGAUCUAAGAGUGUGUUUGAAGGGAGCGCCGGGGUGGAUGAGGCCCUGUGUGCACCAGCUGGCCUUCAAGAAGGAGGACUGUUUGAAGCUGCUCACUCCCUGUCACCAACUUUACCCCAGUACCAUCCCACACAACUGCUGGAGCUCAUGGAUCUAGGCAGGGUCCGCCGUGCCAAGGCCAUCCUAGCUCACCUGGUGAAGUGCAUUGCCGGAGAAGUGGCUGUGGUGAGGGAUGUGGAGGCAGGUGAGGGUGGAUCCAGGAGACAUCUGUCCAGAACUAUUAGUGUAACUGGCAGCACAGCCAAAGACACCAUUGUGGCUGGCCGUGAUGGGGGCAGGGACUACACAGAGAUCAACUCCAUUCCUCCCUUGCCCCUCUAUGCUCUGAUGUUAGCUGAUGUUGACACUUCUUACAAGGGAGGGGAGGAAGCCACCAAAGGAUCCAAAGUGACUCCUGGAGAUGGAGUUCAUCAGUGUACAGAUGAUCAGUAUGCUGAUCUCUUCCAAGUGCCAACAGUGACGACAGAUGACUUUGUGAACUUUGCCAGUGACAAACCAGAGAAGAAGUCCAGAGUCAUUAAUCUAUCUCAGUAUGGGCCUACCUACUUUGGACCAGAGCAUGCACAGGUGUUGUCCAGUCACCUCAUGCACUCCAGCCUUCCCGGACUGACUAGACUGGAGCAGAUGUUCUUGGUUGCCUUGGCUGAUACAGUUGCAACCACCAGUGCUGAAAUCAACAGCUCUUCUGACCAGCAGUACACAGGUGGUGAGGCUCUGGAUGAGUGUGGACUGAGGUACCUGUUGGCAAUGCGUCUCCAUACAUGUUUGCUUAACUCUCUGCCCCCUCUCUAUCGCAUGCAGCUGCUCCACCAAGGCCUGUCAACCUGUCACUUUGCAUGGGCCUUCCACUCUGAGGCAGAAGAAGAACUGUUGAACUUGAUCCCAGCCAUGCAGAGAGGUGACCCGCAGUGGUCCGAGCUCAGGGCUGUUGGAGUGGGCUGGUGGAUACGCAACAUCAACACACUGCGUAAAAUGGUGGAGAAGUUAGGUAAGGCUGCAUUCCAGAGACACAAUGACCCUUUAGAUGCUGCUCUGUUCUACUUGGCGAUGAAGAAAAAGGCUGUGCUCUGGGGCCUCUUCAGGUCUCAGCAUGAUGAGAAGAUGACUCAGUUCUUCAAAAACAACUUCAGUGAAGAUCGCUGGCGAAAGGCAGCUCUGAAAAACGCCUUCUCCCUGCUAGGAAAGCAGCGCUUUGAGCAAUCUGCUGCCUUUUUCCUGCUGGCUGGAUCACUGAAAGAUGCCCUAGAGGUAUUGCUUGAGAAAAUGGAGGAUCUCCAGUUAGCCAUGAUUGUGGCAAGGUUGUAUGAAGCAGACUUUGAGAAUUCAUCUACCUGCCAAGGCCUCCUUUAUGAGAAGGUUCUGGGCUGCAACAAGGAUGGGACUGGUUACCACUGUUCCAGACUGCACCCUGACCCUUUCCUACGCAGCAUUGCCUACUGGAUUAUGAAAGACUAUACAAGAGCCCUGGACACACUGUUAGAGCGAAUCCCCAAAGAGGAAAUUGAGAACCCUGAUAUGAUGGUCAAGUCUUGCAACCCUGUUGUAUUUAGUUUCUACAACUAUCUGAGGACACACCCCCUGAUCAUUCGUCGCCACUUUGCGUCUCCAGAGAGUGGAACCACCACUGUGGGUCUCACUGCUGAGAAAAGCAAUGCAGAUGAAAUCAACCUCAUAGAACGCAAACUGUUCUUCACCACUGCCAACGCGCACUUCAAGGUGGGCUGUCCAGUUCUGGCUCUUGAAGUGCUCUCCAAGAUUCCAAAGGUUACUAAGAAGUCUGGUGCCUCUUCACCCCUCAGCAAAGCUUCAUCCAAGGCCAACUUAAACUCCAGCCAAGCCCUUGAGAACAGCACCCAAGAAUUUAUGGACUGGAGUGCCCCAACAGCCCCUGCACACACAUGGGGAGGAAAUGAUAGUGUGGGUGGGAUGGAUUGGAGCCAGCCUGUGAUCAAAGUGGAGGAUGAAGAGCUGCAGCUGGAUUGGGGUGAUGACAAAGAAGAUGAUGGUGAUGAUGAUGAUGAUGGUCUGACCAUGAACAAAGCCGAAACAAAGACCAAAGCAGAUAAAGGCUCAGAAAACGGCUGCUCGAAGCUGCAGAGAGCUGAUUCUCAGGGGGACUCAGAGGUGGAUGUGAUAGCUGAACAGCUGAAGUUCCGAGCCUGUCUGAAGAUCCUGAUGACAGAGCUGCGGACUCUUGCCACAGGCUUUGAAGUGGACGGGGGGAAGCUCCGCUUUCAACUCUACAACUGGCUGGAGAAGGAGAUAGCAGCCAUGCACAAGAUCUGCAACUACAAGGUGGAGGGGAAGGAACAAGAUGUUGAGGUCGACCAGUGGGGAGACCAUACAGCAUCUCUGGACUUAUCCAACGAAGUGUUCGAGCACACAGACGCUGGGGCCUAUGAGCGUCACCAGAUGGAGCGGCGACGGCUUCAGGCUAAGCAGCAGCACUCAGAGAGGCGUAAGGCGUGGCUGAGGAAGAACCAGGCUCUGCUGAGAGUCUUUCUGUCAUACUGUAGUCUUCAUGGAGCCAAGGGGGGAGGAGUCACCUCUGUCCGGAUGGAGCUCCUGUUUCUUUUGCAGGAGAGCCAGCAGGAGACUACAGUAAAACAGCUGCAGUCUCCCCUUCCCCUCCCCACAACACUGCCCCUGCUGUCAGCGUGCAUAGCCCCCACGAAAACGGUCAUCGCUAACCCCGUUCUCCACCUCAGCAACCACAUCUAUGACAUCCUCCACACCAUCACCCACAUGGAGACUCCGCCACACCCAGACAUCAUGAAUGACAAGGUUAAUUCACUGCACACUUUAGCAGCAUCCCUGUCUGCCUGCGUCUAUCAAGCACUGUGUGACAGCCACAGUUACAGCAGCCAGACUGAAGCCAAUCAAUUUACAGGGAUGGUGUACCAAGGCUUACUGCUCAGUGAGAGGAAGCGACUGCGCACAGAAAGCAUCGAGGAACAUAUAACUCCCAAUUCUGCCCCUGCACAGUGGCCAGGUGUGUCGUCCCUGAUUUCUCUGUUAGCGUCAGCCAGAGAGGAGGACCAGCCGAGGCUCAGUGUGCUGCUGUGUGAGGCGGUCACUGCAGUUUAUCUCGCACUGCUCAUCCAUGGCCUGGGCGUUCACAGCGGCAACGAGCUCUUCCGCCUGGCAGCACACCCUCUCAAUAACCGCAUGUGGGCAGCUGUUUUUGGAGGAGGGGCCAAAGUCGUAAUUAAACCAAAGAGACCAGAGGCCCCACAAGUGGCUGCACCUCAGCCUCCGGCAGAGGAUGUGGACAGACACAGACGCAGAUUUAACAUGAGGAUGUUAGUUCCUGGGCGCCCUGUGAAGGAGACCCCAGCCACGCCACCCCCUGUGCCCACAGAGCGACCUGCAUACAGGGAAAAGUUCAUUCCUCCAGAACUGAGCAUGUGGGACUACUUUGUGGCGAAACCAUUCCUGCCACUGUCAGACAGCAAUGCGUUGUAUGAUUCUGAUGAAAGCGGUCAUGCCACUGUCUAUGGUGUUUGUGUCACAGAUCUGCCAGUCACCUCCUCUCUGAGCAAUGCUGUGCUGAAGACUUUAGAGAACUGGGAACAGAUUCUGCUGGAGCGAAUGAACAAGUUUGAUGGCCCACCCCCUAACUACAUCAACACUUACCCAAGUGACCUCAGUGCAGGUGGUGGCCCUGCCAUACUCAGACACAAGGCCAUGCUGGAGCCAGACAACACACCCUUUAAGACAAAAAGUCACCAGUCUUUUCCAGUGCGGCGUCUUUGGCAUUUCUUGGUUAAACAGGAAGUUCUUCAGGAGACGUUUAUCCGCUAUAUAUUCACUAAGAAAAGGAAGCAGAGUGAGUCUGUAGACAACCAUAUGGAUCAUGUAAGCCCAAACUGCGUAGCAGGAGCUAGAAGUCCCAUAAAGGUAGAGGCAGAUCUGGGAUACCCAGGAGGCAAGGCUAAAAUUAUUCACAAGGAGUCAGAUAUAAUAAUGGCAUUUGCCAUCAAUAAGGCUAACUCCAAUGAGAUAGUUUUGGCAUCCACCCAUGAUGUGCAGGAGGUAGAUGUUUCCACUCUGGUGGCUGUCCAGCCCUAUACUUGGAUUGGGGAAGACUUUGACAAGGAAUCCCGCAGCUCUGAUGAUGUAGAUUACCGUUCAUCUCACACCAACAUUGCCCAGACUAGCUCUGUGCCCUUUGCACCACCACAGAUGGCAGUUUCUGCAUCCAUGCCGUGGCUCGGCAGUGGACAGACCAGUAUGGGAGCCAGCGUGAUCAUGAAGAGGAAUCUGAAUAAUGUGAAGAGAAUGACAUCCCAUCCCAUAUAUCAGUACUACAUGACGGGAGCGCAGGAUGGUAGUGUGAGAAUGUUUGAGUGGAACAGGCCUCAGCAGCUCAUCUGCUUCAGACAAGCAGGAAAUGCUCGAGUCACGCGGCUCUAUUUUAACUCCCAGGGCAAUAAGUGUGGAGUUGCUGAUGGUGAGGGCUUCCUCAGCCUUUGGCAAGUCAACCAGACAUCCUCCAACCCCAAACCUUACCUGAGUUGGCAGUGCCACAGUAAGACCUGUGGUGAUUUUGCCUUCAUCACAUCAUCUAGCCUCAUCGCCACGGCAGGACAGUCCAAUGACAACAGAAAUGUGUGCCUGUGGGAUACUCUGAUUUCACCAAGCAAUACCAUGGUCCAUGCGUUCCCGUGCCAUGAGAACGGCGCCACUGUGUUGCAGUAUGCUCCCAAACAGCAGCUGCUCAUCACCGGAGGCAGGAAGGGCUUCGUGUGCGUGUUUGACAUCCGCCAGAGGCAGCUGCUGCACACUUUCCAGGCUCAUGACUCAGCCAUCAAGGCCCUGGCACUGGAUGCGUUUGAGGAUUUCUUUGUCACUGGCUCUGCAGAAGGCAACAUGAAGGUGUGGAAGCUGGCAGGACAUGGGCUCAUGCAUUCGUUUAGCAGUGAGCACGCCAAGCAGUCCAUCUUCCGCAAUAUCGGCGCCGGUGUCAUGCAGGUAGAAACGUGCCCCGGUAACCGUAUCUUUACCUGUGGAGCAGACGGCACCUUGAAGAUGAGAGUCCUUCCUGACCGCUACAACAUCCCGAGCAGCCUGGUGGACAUCCUGUAACACUUUUCUUCAAAGGAGAAGCUGCAAAGAAACAGAGAAAGUAAAAAAGCUAAAGUAAUGCUCGCUACACUUUAACCGCUUCAAUGAUGGCAGAAGAGUUGGUCAGAAGAUCGCCAUGCUUUUUGGAUGUCUUCCUUCCAGAGCGUGUAGUGUUUAUGGGUUUACCAUUCAUGGCAAUCAUAUUCAGAAUGACAGAGCUGCAAAUAUUUUUUGUCCCAAAGGCAGAAAGUGAAGUUACAAGUAAACUGUCUCAUACUUGAUUUUUAAAGCUAGAUUUAUUGUAAUUUUAUUGAAGCAUCUCUACUCUUAGAGUGUGUCCAUAGGGAAGCUAUGCAUGUCCUGUUCUCCUUCCGCAGUGCAAUCACAGGUCUAUUGAUAGUGCUCUGUAAAAGUGCUCAAGCAGAAAUUUAAAAAAAAAA